AUGGGUAGAGGGCAACUUAUAUUGAUCGAAGGUCUUGACAGAUCUGGAAAAUCAACACAGUCUAGUAUACUUCUGAAUAAACUUCCAGAUGGAAAAUUGAUAAAAUUUCCAGAUAGAUCGACUAAAGUUGGGUCUAUUAUCAACGAGUACUUGACUAACUCCGACUUGAAGUUAUCGGAUCAAACAGCACAUUUACUUUUCUCUGCAAACAGAUGGGAACUAGCUGAUUCGAUAAUCAAUGACUUGAAUAAUGGUCAUUUCAUUGUUAUGGAUCGAUAUAUAUAUUCAGGAAUAGCAUAUUCCUUAGCGAAACUGAGCAUCUCGAAUGAUUCGGGACCAGAAAUGGCAAGCAUUGACUGGUUAUAUUCUCCAGAUAAGGGCUUACCAAAGCCUGACUUGACAAUAUUUUUAACACUAUCAUUGGAAGAGCUAAGCAAUAGAAAAGGGUGGGGUGAAGAGAGAUACGAAAAAGAGAACUUCCAGAAAGCCGUGAAGAAUUGUUUUCUAAAAGUAUUGAAUGCUGAUGAUGAUGAUUCGGUUCAAAUAAUUGACGUCAAUAACUUGAAUAUUGAGCAAGUCACAGCAAAAAUAUGGGAAGCUAUUGAACAAAGGAAUUUUAAUAAACAGACGGAAAAUUCUAUUCAGACGUUUGCAUAA